AAAACGAAUUAUCAUCAUCAUCACCGUCUUCACACUUUUUCUCUUUCAAUUUUCUCUCUCAGUUUCUAAAUGUUUCCGCGAAUCUUUUAUCAAAGUAUCGACAGAAACUUUCAAGAGAUAAAGUGGCUUUCCCUUCCCUAAAUCCCACCACAAGAGAAAAUUAAAGAGAUACUCAACAGCAUUGAUCCAAAUUAAUAAAGACUCUUUUCCUUUAUUUACAAUAGUAAUAGAAGCGUUAGUAUAUUGAUCGAAAAUUCUUCUUUUCGACUGAUAGAAACACUUUCUUGGAAAAUCUUGAAAAGGGUUUGGAGAUUUUGGUGAGAAAAAACAGAGAAUCGAUGUGGUCAAGCGACAAACACUGUCCAGCGAGGGGUUUCUUGACCCCACAGCCGCCUGCAUGGAAGAAAGUACAGUCCACCACCGUCUUGCCAAUGUCAGAGAGGAAAAGAAUUUCGCCUGCCAACAAUGGCGAUUGCUUUCAUGUCAUUCACAAAGUGCCAGCUUCUGAUUCUCCUUAUGGCAGGGCAAAGCACGUCCAGUUGAUAGACAAGGAUCCCAGUAAGGCCGUUUCCCUGUUCUGGGCUGCCAUUAAUGCUGGAGAUCGUGUUGAUAGUGCAUUGAAAGACAUGGCUGUUGUGAUGAAACAAUUGAAUAGAUCUGAUGAGGCUAUUGAGGCAAUCAAAUCUUUCCGGCAUCUUUGCCCUUAUGAUUCUCAGGAGUCUCUUGAUAAUGUCCUUGUUGAACUCUACAAGAGGUCUGGAAGGGUUGAUGAAGAGAUUGAAAUCCUUCUGAACAAACUGAGGAACAUCGAGGAAGGAACCGUUUUCGGUGGGAAGAAGACAAAGAUUGCAAGAUCUCAAGGGAAGAAGAUUCAGAUUACUAUUGAACAAGAGAAAUCAAGGAUACUAGGGAAUUUGGCCUGGGCCUAUCUCCAGCAGCAUAAUUAUGGAAUUGCUGAACAACAUUACAGAAAAGCUUUGUCUCUGGAACCAGAUAAGAAUAAGCAAUGCAACUUGGCAAUAUGCUUGAUGCACAUGAAUAGGCUUGGUGAAGCAAAAUCACUGCUUCAGGAUGUUAAAGUUUCAGCUGGAACUGAAGAGAUGGAUGAGUCUUACUCCAAAUCAUAUGAACGUGCUAUGGAAAUUCUUAUGCAAGUAGAAACGCAGUCAAAGUUAGAGCCGGCAGGGGCACAGGAACCGGAAAAAGGGAAUGAAACUCGAAGAUGUUUGACAUCAUGCAGGGAUAGAAGUUUGAAGGAAGCUAGCGUUUUCCUUCCUAGAAAUGGUGAUAAUAUCCCUUGGUGUAUUGAGAAGAAUGGUAACUUGUCUGGAUAUGAUGACACAAGUAGUUCACAAUGCACACCCAUUGGACUGAAAGGUAGUUUUCAAUGUUCUCCACAAACCAUGUUGAGCGAGAAGUGGAGAAAAGGCUCCUAUUUCGAAAGCCCGAGUGAAGGGUCUGUGUAUUCCAGCAGCAAGCUGAAGGAAAGCUGGAGGUAUUCAGCUGGACAAGAAGUAGGUUCUGCUCAUAAAAACAUGUAUGCUUCCUUGGCAGCCAGUAGGAAGAACUCGGAAAAAGUUUUGUUAACCCAACCAAGACGAUGUUCAUGGGGUUUCAACACUGCAGAUCAGAGGAGAGGAGGAAGAUGGGGAGAAGAUACUACAGUUAGAAAUUCGAUACGGAAGCUCUCUUUUGAGCAAACCACAACCACUGAAAGUGUGCCUUCACCUUCGAUCCAGAAACUUAAAGAAGAACCACUUAGUUCAAGUAAUGCGAAGUCUGAAAACUAUUCUGCAGUUGGCCUAGGGGAAGAGGAAGCUCAGGAAGGCUUAUCUGGAGUUCUAUUCACUCAGCCAAGAAACUCUUUGUCAUGGCUCAAUAAUAGAGAUCAAAGAAGGGGAAGAUGCGCUGAAGAAUCCAUUGACGGUUCAUUUAGCAAGCUAUCAAGCAGUGUGACUACUCAUUCUGUGCAAAGUCUUAAUGUAGAACCAUUGGUUUCUUCUAAAGAUGAAUCAGAAAUCGGAGUGGAAAAACCGGCAGAUGCUGCAUCGAAUAAGAAAACCUGGGCAGACAUGGUUGAAGAGGAAGAAAAGGACGAAUUUCUCAAUGAUGAAAAUCUGAAUUCCAACAUAAUUUAUCAACAUCCUGAUCGUUCUAAGCAUCAUAUUGAGAAUAUAACUCAACAGCUAGAAUCAUUUGGUGUGAAGGGUGGAUAUAACGCAUCAGCAAACACUGUUUCAUUGAGGAGGAAUCGGCUUCAGGUUUUCCGGGACAUAACCAGUACAUGAAGGUUAUUUCAUUUAGGCUGUUAUGUAGCCAGCUUUAGUUUGAUGGUGUUAAAAGUGUGAUUUUUUACUCUUUGAACUUGUCUUUAUGAACCCAGCUCAGCUUUCUGCCACAGCCACUAUUAGUUCUUGUAUAUCUUUAGCUUCUAUUCAUUGUAUGUUAUAAAGAAGCAUUGUAAUUGAAAUUCUAAUAGUUAAUGAGAAUUUGAAUGACUAGUUGGCUUUAGAA